GAUAGGAUUGCAGCUUCCGACCUUAACCUUCCGGUUUCCCGCCACUUCCUUUCUUCACCCACAAACAUACAAACACUUGCAAACAGUUAGUCUCCUCCUGCUCACCUCCACUGUGUGCUUUUGUGUGUGUGUGUAAAUCUUUAAGAAGAAAAGGAAGGAAGAGAGGAGAUGUUGUGGGUGGAUAAGUACCGUCCCAAAACCCUAGACAAGGUUCUAGUCCACCAAGAUAUCGCCCAAAAUCUCAAGAAACUGGUGACGGAGCAAGAUUGCCCCCAUUUGCUGUUCUACGGGCCAUCUGGCUCGGGUAAGAAAACCCUAAUAAUGGCCCUUCUCAGACAAAUGUUUGGUCCCAGUGCUGAUAAGGUGAAAGUGGAAAACAAGAACUGGAAAGUUGAUGCUGGGACUAGAACAAUUGAUGUAGAGCUCACAACAUUGUCAAGCACGCACCAUGUUGAACUGAAUCCUAGUGAUGCAGGAUUUCAGGAUCGGUAUGUGGUUCAAGAGAUAAUCAAAGAAAUGGCAAAGAACCGACCUAUUGACACUAAGGGCAAGAAGGGUUUCAAAGUUCUAGUGCUGAAUGAGGUUGACAAGCUCUCAAGGGAAGCCCAACACUCUCUCCGAAGAACAAUGGAGAAAUAUAGUGCAUCUUGCCGACUCAUUCUUUGCUGCAACAGCUCCUCCAAGGUCACUGAAGCUGUCCGGUCUCGAUGUUUGAAUAUGCGAAUAAAUGCACCAAGAGAAGAAGAGAUUGCGAAUGUGUUGGAAUUUAUCAGCAAGAAAGAAGGAUUGCAACUUCCAUCUGGAUUUGCUGAUCGCAUAGCACAGCAGUCUAAUAGGAGCCUGAGGAGGGCAAUAUUGUCAUUUGAAACUUGUCGUGUCCAACAGUACCCUUUUACAGUCAAUCAGGCGAUACCCCCCAUGGAUUGGGAGGAAUAUGUUUCUGAAAUAGCUUCAAGCAUAUUUAAGGAGCAAAGUCCUAAACGGUUGUUUGAGGUCCGAGGAAAGCUCUAUGAACUACUCAUCAAUUGCAUUCCUCCAGAAAUCAUUUUAAAGAGGCUGCUUUAUGAACUAUUGAAGAAGUUGGAUUCUGAAUUAAAGCAUGAGAUCUCUCAUUGGGCUGCAUACUAUGAGCAUAGGUUACGUCUCGGACAGAAAGCAAUAUUUCACCUUGAAGCAUUUGUGGCCAAGUUUAUGAGCAUCUACAAGGGCUUCCUCAUUGAGACAUUUGGCUGAACUUUUGAAAAUACUAAUGUGCAGCUGAUUUUAUAUAUUGUUAUAACCUCUGCAUUUGUUUAGUUAUUUGCAUCAAAACUGAUGGAGGAUUUGCAGUAUAAUUAUAUUUUGUAUUUUUUUUAUUGGAGAAAUUGAUUCCGCAUAGUUUAACAUCCUCCUGUGUCUAUUUGAUGC